AUGUGCGAAGGUGUGUUCCACGCAGGUGUCGCCGGCGGCGGCGCUGCCUCCGUGGGCAGCCACGCGAUGCAUGACGGGGCCGCUGCCUCUCCCGGCCCCGCUGGCUUCGGAGGCGCCGCGGGCGGCGCGUGGGCGUCGCUGCCCGCCGAGGAGCACAUCAUCAAAAGUGAAGUACGAUCACCUGGCCUUAAUGAUACAUCACUGAGCUGUCACACAUCAGCUGGAGGUGCUGGAGUGAGUGAGUCCUUGUAUUCAUCCCCUGGUGGUGCUGAUUCGCUGAGUCCCUACACUGACUCCAAAGACUACGCCAUGCAGCAUGCUGCCUAUUCCUCAUCUGCUCAGCAGUACUAUUCCAGUAUGCAGCAGGCCUAUGGAAAUCAGUCAGCCGCAGCUUACUCGCAAGGGUCCUCAGGCCUGUAUGGCAGCUCAGCAUAUAGCAAUAUGUUGCAACAAGGCUACUCAGGAACUGGGUCUCGUGGGCUGCAGCAGUGCAAAGGCUCAGCAACCAGCUACCUGAACCCUUACAGUUCUACUGCAUCAACUGGGUUUGGUUCCUCUUCAACCACAUCUUCUUCCACUACUCAUCAUGGGCAGGCGUCUGCUGCUGGGUCUUCGAGUGCCUACCCUGCGUACAACAACUAUAGCUGUUCUGCAGCAGCAGCUGCUGCGGCUGCAGCUGCUGCAGCGGUGGGGUUCUCUUCUGCAUCUGCUUCUGCUCAAGGCUUUAGUCCUUCACAACAGGGCCUGGACUACAGUGGGUACACCAAUUCCUACAGUGGCCACCAAGCAACUGCUGCACAAUAUUCAGCCAGUUACUUUCCUGCCAGCUAUUCUCCCUAUGCGCCAAGCAGCUCACCUUCAACAGGUGGCAGCCUUGGAGUCGGGACAUCUCCAUCGUCUUAUAACAUUGGCUCCCUUGGUCCAUCUGGUCUCACAGAAAGUCCUAGUAGUUUUUCAAUAGCAGAAAAUGGACCAAAUUCUCCUGCUAAAACUGGGGAAACAAACGGUAGUAGCCGACGUGCAAGGGACAGUGCUUGUGAAGGUGGAAGUACAAGAUCUUCCCGAGGACGAGGAAGGCGCCAGAACAAUCCAUCACCUAGCAAUCCAGAAAGCAAUUUGGAGCGUGUCUUUAUUUGGGACCUGGAUGAAACUAUUAUAAUUUUUCAUUCAAUGCUCACUGGUUCUUAUGCUACACGAUAUGGAAAGGAUACUCAAUCCAUUGUCCAGCUUGGUUUCCGAAUGGAAGAAAUGGUGUUCAACUUGGCAGAUUCUCAUUUCUUCUUCAAUGAUGUUGAGGAUUGUGACCAAGUUCACAUAGAUGAUGUAUCGUCAGAUGACAAUGGGCAAGAUUUAAGCACGUACAAUUUUGCGACUGAUGGUUUUCACGCUGCUGCCAACAAUGGGAAUCUGUGCAUUGCAUCAGGUGUUCGGGGAGGUGUUGACUGGAUGAGAAAGCUGGCUUUCAGAUACAGAAAAAUCAAGGACAUGUACAACAAUUAUCGAAAUAGUGUUGGCGGUCUUUUGGGGCCAACCAAGAGAGAGCAGUGGCUGCAGCUCCGUUCCGAAAUUGAGGCUGUGACGGACAACUGGCUUACGUUGGCAAUCAAAUGCCUCACUUUGAUCAACUCCAGAUCUAACUGCGUUAAUGUGCUGGUGACUACUACACAACUUGUGCCAGCUCUUGCUAAGGUAUUGCUCUUCGGUCUAGGAGGCAUUUUCCCAAUAGAGAACAUUUAUUCUGCUACAAAAAUAGGCAAAGAAAGUUGCUUUGAGAGGAUUGUUUCUCGGUUUGGGCGAAAAUGUACAUAUGUUGUAGUCGGGGAUGGACAGGAUGAAGAAGCGGCUGCCAAACAGCUGAAUUUUCCAUUUUGGCGUAUUUCCAGCCACAGUGACACGGCAGCCCUUUAUAAUGCAUUAGACAUGGGCUUCUUAUGAUGUGUGGUCAAUAGAAAACCAGUGAUUGACUCGUGUGUUUGUGUUGGUGUUUAUGCAAAAACAAUUACAAAGCUAUCCAGCCUGUGAUGUGUGUUAAAGUGCACAAACAUGAGCACUUCCAUGUAGAAGGACGGAGUUAGAGUGCUUCAUAAAAGACAGUUGCAAAAUACGCUCUUGUACUUGUUACUUUCACAGACUUACGGAAAUCUUGCAUCUGGUUAAUUUAUACAUUUAAGUUCCCCAAGUUUCUCUUAAUAAUGUCUUGAAAACUUGUUUAGUUUGUGAAAAAAUUGUGAUUAUUAUAUUGUUUUAUUAUAGAUUCUCAUAUUUAUUCUUAGGAAAAUCUUUAUUUGCAUCAUCUUGUUUUUUGUUUAUAUAUUUUUAAAGUAAAAAAUAUUUCCUUAUGUACGUUUGUUAAUGAACCUUAGAAGUUUUGGAGUCUUAAACAUAAAAUCUUGUUAAGAUAUAUGAAGAAGUGAAAGAUGGACAUACAGUGGAAAGCCAAAGGACCUAUGGAGAAAUGAGAACCAUAUGCUUAAGUAGUGUAAAAUUGUAAUUUCUUCUAUUUGUUUGAAAAGUCAUUUGAACACAUGUUGUUGCUUUAAAAUACAUUGCUUGUAACGCUUGUAUAUACGAGUGAAUGUAGAGUGUAUAUAUAAAAAAAAUAUACAUAUAUGGAUAAUUUAGUUGAAAAGUAGCUGAAAUUAUGGGUUAUAAUCCCAGUGCUCAAGUAUUUACAUAUAUGCUGACCAAGUUGUCUUGACCAAUCAGGCCAAUAAACUUAAUUGUGCUUUCCUGUAAAAUUUCUUUUGUCAUAAAUGAAAAGAAAUAAAAUUGUUUUUGAUUACACAAAGCUUGAUCUUUAAGUUAGAAUGUUAUUUGCAUUAUAUUUAUUUUGCCCCAUUCUCAAAGAGUAAUUAUUGGAUGUAAAAAAGUUAAACAAAAUUCAUUUUUCCAAAAUAAAUUUUAUCAUAUUGUUAUCACCUAUAUUUUAACAUUAUAAGAAAGGAAAAAUAAUGUCAAUAUAAUUUUUCUUUACAACUUUUCAUCUCUUUUUGCGUUUUAUUUUCAUUAUGCUCUCCAACAAAAAGAAGUCUUUCAGAAAUCUAUCAUUGUGAUUCUUCUUGAAUUAGUGUAAUUUCAUUUUUCACAAGAGCAUUAAUAACCUAGGAAUUUGAAUAACAAGAUAUCACCAACCUUUAUUUACCCCUUGACUUGAUAGACUUCCAUUAUUCUUAUGUAAUUCAUUGAGUGUAAGGUGUUUUGUUUUUGUAGUAUGUAUUCUUAGUCUCAAAACUUGUCAGUAUGAGGCAGUGAUUUUAUGAGGGAUUUGUUCUGAUUUCUAUUUCAAUUUUACUUGGUCAGCAUAUGCAUUUGGUUUUUUGGACAUGUCUCUUACCACAUGAGCUGAUACCUUCUUUGAACUGAUAUGGAUGAUUUUCUUGUAAGUGAAACAUUGAAACACAGUUCUUAAUGUUAUUUUGUUUAUUGUAUUUGCUCACUUAUACCACUUUUAUAUUUUAGUACAGGUAGAAAACUUAUGGUCUUUGUAUUUUAAUUGUAGAGGAUUGUAAUUUUUAAUUUUCAUGAAACACUUUAUAACUGGUUUUUGUUCCCACAAAAUAAUCAUUUGUUGGUAUAUUUUGGAGGCUUCAACUACUCAGUACUUCAUUUAUUCAUAAUAUUUCAAGGCGAAGAAAUGAGUUACUUUUAAUUUCCUAAUAUCUGCAUGGUUGUGAAACAAUGAAUUUAAUAUAUGCCAUUUGUAACAUCGUAAAUGCCACAGUAUUUUAAUAACUAAACAUUCAUAGCAGCGCAUUAAUUAUGACCCAAUAUGCAAUUCAAAUUUAAUAGAAUUGAGAAUAGACCUGUUGGUCAGUAGUUUAAAUAUUCUGAACAUAUGGAGUUUUGUUAUUUUCGUUUCAUUUAAAAUGGUUUUUGUGUUUCCUCCAUAUUUUGUUUCAGUUAUAAUUUCUUUUUUUCGUCAUUUUGUAUUCACUCCAAGACUAAGGAAAUUUAUUAAAUUAUUUUUAUAAUCUUCUUGAUACAAUUAUUAUUAUUGAUAUUAUAGAUUGUCAAAUUUUAUUACACAUAGAUAUUCAUCUACACAGCUUGUCUUUUGAAGAAAUAGGAAGGAAAGUACAAAAGAGUUUUGAAAGAUAAUCGUGGAUUCCUAUAUUUUGCUGACAACCAAUUUUUCAUUUUCACUGAAGUGAACAAAUAUUGAAUUUAAAAUCCUUGAUUGCUACAAAUUCUUUGUGGUUAGUGAAAAACGUGUUCUUGUUUUUUCAAGGGAUUAGUUCACAGAAAGUAUUUUAUUUACUAAUAACAACCGGUUAUUAAAAUACUGCAAGGAAAUGCUAUAUUGAUAAAUGAGAGAUCUCUAAGAGCCUAAUUAUUUUUAAGCAUUGAUACAAUAUUAAAUAAAGAAAACAUUUAUAACUUUUCUGUAACAUCAAUAAAAAUUGCAUACUUCUGGAGGAGUGCCUUAAAUUUUGAGUUCUAAUGUACAAGCUGGAUCUGCCUGAAGUGUAGAUUCUUAUCUGGAAAUAGUUUUAUUAAAUACGUUCAAAAAGGGCUAAUUCCUGAAAAAAUGUUUGUAGGCAAUAAUUUCUUUUAGGACUGCUGUGUAGGUGGAAUGUACACUGUGUAAAGAUAUUUUCUGAAAAGAAAUGAAGAAAGAUAAUACUUGCUUCUUUUUUCAAUAACAUUGUGCAAUAAAAUCUUUGUAUAAGUGAGCGAAUACACACAAAUUUGAGAUUGCAAAUAUAAUAUGUCUACCUUCUUUUCUAGAGUAUGCUGCCCUUACAUUUUUUUUUU